UAUUUGCCGCGCAUGCGCUGUUGGAAGCCGAUGCUGUGUGUAGAAAAAUCAUGGCGGAGACGAUGCAGACCGACAGUUUUCCUGUCUUACCUUCGGGACUGGCGGAGGUAGAUAAAAUGAUCCGGGAGCGAGGCGACCUGUUUUCUGACACCCAGUGUAAAGUCUGCAGCGCCGUCCUGAUUUCUCAGUCUCAGAAGUUGACUCAUUAUCAGAGUAAGAAACAUGCCAACAAGGUUCGGCGUUUCCUUUCCCUGGAAAAUGAGAACGGCGAUCCGGUCAAGAAGCCCAAAACCUCCGACAACGAUUGCAACAACGGAGACACGGACCGGCUGAAGGCGUGCCACCUGUGCAACAUGACCUUCACGUCUCCGGUUAUGGCCGAGUCUCACUAUCAGGGCAAAUUUCAUGCCAAGAGACUGAAAAUGAAAGCUGUUGAAUCCCAGACUCCAGAAGCCUCUCAGACUUCACAGCCAGCGGAGAAACCCGCCAACAAUUCAGCCGGCGGUUCUGAAACCGACAACAACAACAACCCAGAUCGCUUCUGCUCCACCUGCAAGGCGUCGUUCAACAACCCGCUCAUGGCCCAGCAGCACUACGCCGGCAAGAAGCAUAAAAAACACAUGACCAGGCUAAAGCUGAUGGAGACGUACGGCCCCUCCACCGCACCAGCGUCGACACUAAACGGAUACCCCUGCACCGUCUGCAGCAUCGUGCUCAACUCCGUGGAACAGUACCAGUCUCACAUCAGCGGCGCCAGGCAUAAGAACCAAAUGAAGAAAGUUGGUCAGAAGUCUGGAGACGACCAACCUUCAGCUGUGGAGUCAAACCAGUACGCUGGAGGGGAAAACCAGUACAGCGGGGGCGACGGCCGGCGCGCGCCCGCAGACGACCAGUACCCCCCCGGAGACGACCAUUACGUUGCCCCUGACGACCAGUAUGGCUCUGGGAUCGACCAGUACGAGGGCGGAGACGGCCAGUUCGGGAACCACCAGUACACGCCAGAGUUCUCUGCGUUUUCAGACCAGUUCCAGUACACUUGAGGCCGGACUGGGAUUGAACUCUUCAAACAGCCCCCCCUUUAACAAACCAUCACUCCCAGUCCCCCCAUUAAACUUUAGCUCCUGUAAACCAGUCUGGACUGUGACCCCCAUGUGCCCUCCAUCAUUUUCUGUUUUGUUUUUCUGACUGAUUUCUGCUGGGCCCUGCAGAGAGGCGGCUCCGAGACGCUGCAGUUCUUCUUCCUGUUUCCUCUCAAAGUUCGGACAGUACGAUGUUUUAGCUGCAGCGACGGAGGCGUGCGAACAGAAAGAAGCGCCGCGUUUUAAACGGUUGUUCAGAAGUUUUUGAGGCGGGGUUUUGUUGUUUGCUCAUCAGCAGUCAGUAUCUUCACUUUCAGGCUGAUUUGUUGGGAACCGUGAGACCCAGUCUCAGUAUUUUUAACAUGUUUGCUAAUUUUAUGGUUUUUGACAAGAAAAUCCAAUUCAGUUCAAACAUCCUGAAUUAAUCCCAGAGGGAAAUUAAAAGUGUUGAGUCGUAUCACUCAG